GUCCACAUCACUAUUGACAUCCGUAUCCACCUUACACACUUACCAAAUCCUCAACUAAUUUAUAUAACAAAAGUCCAAGAAUCUUUCGUCUUCUUAUUUUGUUAUUUCAAAUUAAUUGUUUUCUGUGUACUUCAAAUUAAGGGAGAAGAAGACAGAAUCAUGGCUCGUCUUAGGAACACACUCUGUCUUGUUGCUGCUUUACUUCUGAUCAACCAGAAGACAGCUACUUCCGAUUUCCUUUCUCCUCUUUUCGCUCCUGUGUAUGAUAAUAUAUGCAAGGAAGUGGAAUGUGGGAAAGGGAAAUGCAAAGCACCUUCAAACACAACUUUUAUGUAUGAAUGUGAGUGUGAAGACGGUUGGAAGCAGUUUGAUCAACACCUCAAGUUUCUCCCUUGCAUCACCCCCAACUGUACCUUUGAUCUAACAUGUGGUGAAGCAGCUUCUCCAGCACAACCCAAACCGCCUCCCAAAGACAACAUUACUUCAUUUUUCGACCGUAAAUCUCUAAUCUCAUUCUUUUUAUGCUUUUCCGGCCCUAGGCAUAUAGUCCCCGUGGGUCGAAGAUCAGAGCAUGUUAAUAUUAGCCUCUUCCCCAGGAUGAGACUAGAACUUGAGACCUUGAGACACAUUUCCUUUACAAGGUCUCCUAGUAAACUUGUAGAGCUACAAACGUUGGGCCUCUAAUCUCAUUUGCUUCCUCCUUGUGUGUGUUUUUUACUAUAGCUUGUCAAUGGAUGGACUGUGGAGGAGGGCUUUGCAACAGUUCAAUGCCGUUUCAAUACAGCUGCAAUUGCCGUGAAGGUUACAGCAAUCUCAUGAACAUAACCACAUUUCCUUGCUUGAAGCAAUGUGCACUUGGAAUGGACUGUUUGAAUCUUGGGAUUCCUUUGUCAAACUCAUCAUCGUCUUCUCCACCUGCUCUGCCUGAUAGCAGCAAGAAUCAAGGAUUAAAUCUAAGAGGAUCAUCGUUGUGGUGGAUAACAUUAUGUGUCUCUUUAGCGCCAUGGAGGAUACUCUUCAUUUGAUCUCUCUUACUUUUGGUAUCAAAUUUUUGUGUACAAACAUAUUUACUUUAGAUGUUAUUAUGGUGGUAUAUUGUACUACUUGGUAUUUCUUUGCUUUCUGUUUUACAUUUUUUGUUCAUAGAAAUACAUAGAUGACUUUAAGUUAUACAUUAUUAUAAAAUUUGAAAAUAUUUCAUUAAAUUUUGGUGUUAUUAAAAGCUAUAUCAAAAAAAUGAACUUUCAUGAAUUUCUAUAAAUAAAUUAGAAAGUUAAAAUUCAAGCUACAGUAAAACCUCUAUAAAUU